AAGCCGAAAUCCCAUACAACCGUGUUUUAUCUCUCCUGAAGAUGAUAGCAAUCCUGUUUCUUGUUUAGAGAGAGAAAGAAAGAGAGAGACUCACAUAGUCUGAAACAAUCCCAAUAAGGCUGUAGUGGGGAGUGUACAUUAAGAAUUGGGAAUUGCAUUUGAGUUCACAACAAGGAGAUGGGAUCUGAAGGGCCAAAGUGUGUGACCAUCCAUGUGACUGGAUUCAAGAAAUUCCAAGGGGUUGCUGAGAAUCCUACUGAGACUAUAGUUAGCAAUUUGAAGAAUUUUGUUGAAAAGAGAGGGUUGCCUAUCGGUCUUACCUUAGGGAGCUGCACGGUUCUUGAGACUGCUGGAGAUGGUGCACUUCCCUUGCUAUACAAGAUUAUGGAAUCUGGUAUCUCUAAAGAAAAUAAUUCAAGCAAUGAGCAAAUAGUUUGGCUUCACUUGGGGGUCAACAGUGGGGCAUUAAAAUUUGCUAUUGAGCGGCAGGCAAUGAAUGAAGCCACUUUUCGUUGUCCAGACGAACUCGGAUGGCAGCCUCAGCAAUUGCCAAUUGUCCUUGCGGAUGGAGGAACUUCUCGAACAAGAGAGACUUCCUGCUCGACUGAGUCGAUCCUACAGUUCUUGAAGAAGAAGGGUUAUGACGUGACAAUAUCAGACGAUGCAGGCCGUUUUGUGUGCAAUUAUGUCUACUAUCAUUCUCUUCGAUUUGCAGAACAAAAAGGUCACAAAUCUCUCUUUGUCCAUGUUCCUCUCUUUUCUAGGAUCGAUGAAGUAACCCAGAUGCAGUUUGUAGCAGCCCUUUUGGAUGCUAUUGCAUCCACAUGUUAAAGUCAUUGAUUUGAAAGUUCAAUUAAAACUUUCAUGUUUGUGUUGUGACAAUGUUAAAUUAAAAUUUUCAUCUUUGUAUUA